UUGUUUUUUCUGUGUCUCCGAUCGGAAAUGAAAGCACAAAUAUAAAACCCGAAAAUCUGAAAUUAAAAUCAAAACGAAAAAUCUGAAGCGCUCUCUAUCCAUCUCUUUUUUCCCUCUCUUUCUGAAAAAGUGAAAACCUCACUCUCUCACUUGGUUUCUGUUGCUUGAGGCUCAUCAAUGGCGAGGGUCAAGCACACAGCUGCCAGGAAAGACCGGAUUAAAACCGCUCGCCGGCAACCAGGAGGCUCGCCGGCGCCGGCGCCGUCACUGGGACCUUCUGGAAGGCCUGGAAGGCCGAGGAAAAGUCCGACAAGUCCAGGAUCACAGAGGCAGGGGACACCUAGGAGGAAUGCCACAACAGGUCCAGAAGCACAGACACAGAGGAAGAAGAGACGUAACAGGCCAGGAACUGUAGCUCUUCGGGAGAUUCGUCACUUUCAGAAGUCGGUGAAGCUGGUUAUCCCAAGUGCACCUUUCAUCAGAGCUGUCAGAGAGAUCACCGGUACCUUGUCUAAUGAUGUUACGCGUUGGACUGCUGAAGCUUUACAGUGUAUUCAUGAGGCAGCAGAGGAUUAUCUAGUUCAUUUGUUUGAAGAUUCAAUGCUCUGUGCAAUUCAUGCAAAGCGUGUUACUCUUAUGAGGAAGGAUUUUGAGCUGGCUCGUCGUCUUGGAGGGAUAGGGAGGCGGUGGUGAGAGGAUCAUAACCAAUGCUGUAAUCACUCUGAUCAUCACCACUAGAAUCACAGUUAGAAUCAAAUGACUUGUUCUGACAGUAGCAGUAUGUUGUACUUAAUGGUAGGGCUAUAAAUUGUAAUGAAUGGCUAGAUUCAUCUAUAUGCUGAUCUGGAUAUCUAUAUCAGAUUUAAACAAUAGUAUUUUAUGGAUACUUUCAGUCA